AUGACUCUGUUGCUACCACCAAGCACAGCUGCUGAGACCUAUGAGAUUGUUGAUACUACUGCAGCUCCUGUGACUGGCGAGGUCACCAUCACCACGGCAGCUGGGGAAGCUCCCGGUAGAGACAAGGAUGAUUCUGAUGCUACCACCCCGAUCGCUACUGAGACUGCGACUGUGGCUACCACGAUCAGUGCUUCUGUUGAGCCUACUACUAUUAUGACGUCCCCUCUACCGGUCAGUACACCCGCUGUGACCGAUGAGGUCGCUGUCACUACUGCGGCUCCUGUGACUGGCGAGGUGACUAUCACCACGGCCGCUGGGGAAGCUCCGGGAAGAGACAAGGAUGAUUCUGAUGCUACCACCCCGGUCGCUACUGAGACUGCGACUGCCACUAGGAUCGAUGCUCCUGUUGAGCCUACUACUACUAUCACGACCCCUCAACCGGCCAGCACAGCUGCUGUGACCGAUGAGGUUGUUGCUACUACUGCAGCCCCUGUGACUGACGAGGUCACCAUCACGACGGCAGCCGGGGAAGCUCCCAGUAGAGACAAGGAUGAUUCUGAUGCCACCAACCCGUUUGCGACUGAGACUGCGGCUGUCACUACUACGAUCGAUGCUCCUGUUGAGCCUACUACUCCCACGUCCCCUCUACCGGUCAGCACAGCUGCUGUGACCGAUGAGGUUGUUGCUACUACUGUGGACACGACCGAUUCCGAGACUACUCUCAGGCCGAUUGUGUAG